UUGGGAAGGCCGUGAGCCCGAAAACAACACAGUACAUAUUUAAAUUAACAAAAAAAAAAAUAAAAAAAGGAAAAAAGAAGAAGAAUUCCUCCUCCGUAAUACGAGAAAUAGAAUGGAUGAUGAUAAUGGGGGUGGUUUUAAGGAUCGGGUGGAUAAAGUGUUUGGGUCGAUUACAUCAUCAUCAAUAGGAUUAUGGUCUGUAACAGAUGGCAAGGUCGAAAGGAGAGAAUGGAAGCGUAGCAGCACAACAAGAAACGAUGACGAAAUCCCCGUUUCCUCUUCUUAUUAUUCUUGUUUGAAUCAAGAUGAUGCUGAUUUCGAUAUUCGCUCUUCUAUCGGGCUGGAUUCCACUCUUGAUCAUGAGGAAGAGGAAGAUGCAUAUGAUAAGAUGGCACAAGGAAAGGAGAACGAUGCCGAUGAUUGUCUAUUUAUGAAGGAUGUUACCCAUUAUGGACCGUAUUUGAACUCUCAUAAUGUUGUUAAGAACCACCCUUUUUCAAGUCAUCAUAAUGCUUCUCCAAUACCUAGGUUGAAUGAAGAUGAUGAAGAAGAAGCAGAAGACGAUGAUGAUGAACCAAUGUUAAAUGCACGGCCAUCUUGUUUCACUGUCAGAUCACCCAAUGAUGGUAUAUGUAAAACGAAGUCUAUAUUGAAAAGGAAAAAUGAUGAGGUGUCAAAACCCGCAAAACGUGUGAGGUUUGACCCGACAUGUAAGAAUCAAGAUGAUGAAUUCACAAAUGCCGUCCGGCUACCCCGUGUAUCAAAUAAUGGGUCUUGUGUUCCGGAUUACAUUUUGAAUCCUUCAAAGUACACACGAUAUAAAUUGGAUGAUAUUUCUCAUCAUGCCAAUGAGGGCUCUAAUAGUCGAGCUUCUUGGGAGCCAAAAUCAUCAUUUGGUGAAUUGCCUAGAUCACUAGUUUUUAUUCCUCGGAAAAAGAAAGCCGAUAACAGCGAGGGACAACAGGUUAAACAAUCAUCUACUCAAGCAGCCUCUAGCAUUGCGGUUGCUGCUCAAAAUGAUGAAGCUAGUGAGAUACAAGGAGAUGAUGUUUGUACUAAAGCCAGUAAGUUUCAGAAGCCAGAUCGUCGAUAUAGGUCCAAAAUGGAGAAAGAUGACAAUGUUUGUUGAUGUGACAUGUUUUAAAAGUUUCAGUUUAGACGUUUGAUUUCUCUUCUUUUAGGUAUAGCAAAAAUAUGUAACUUACUUUGUUGUACGACUGUAGCAUUCAAGAUUUAAUGACUAUACCAACUCGUGCUAAUGUUUCUGAAAA